UCAAGAAUAAAACAAAGUGCGCUCGAAAAUCGAGAAAAACAGCAAAACUAUUUGUGAAAAAUUGUGUUAAAUAAUAUAGAAAUUGUUUGCCAUACGCAUAAAAUGUUUAGUUAGCCGUGAAAGAAGUUUUUCGGGUGUCCUGCAUUGUUUUCCCUAUACAUUUUUCAACUUUGGCACUUUUUUCUCUGCAUCUGCGCUCUUCGUAUCUGCGGUUCGCGUCUGUUUCGUUUUGUUGUUUACGAAAAUGUGUGUGCAGUAAAUGUGCAGAAAAAUUGUGUAAAAUACAAAUUUAUAAAUGAAAAUGCCAAGUGUUUGCCAUCAAAUUUCGAUUAACAUGGCCCAGCUGCGCUACAAAAACGAAAACAACAGCAGCAGCAACAACAACAACAGAAACCAACGUUCCACGAUGCUGCCUCUUGCGCUGCUCGCCCUGGCAGCGCUAGUGCUGCGCGAUGGCAGCGGCGUGGCAGCGUAUAUGAAUAUUUUUCUAAAUCCAGAGGAAGUGAUGCGCUUGUUGGGCGUUUCGGCAGAGGUCUAUUAUGUGCGCGAGGGCCUCAUCAAUAACUAUGCCCUGAACUUCAUUGUGCCAGUGCCGGCGAAUGUACGUGACAUUAGCUUCACCUGGCAAUCGCUGGCGGGUCGUCCCCUGCCCUACAGCAUUAAUGUGGUCAGUUCGGAUCAAGAGGUAUUGCCGCGUCCGGCCAUGAAUGUCACGCAAAUUGGUGAGAUGCCCACGUACAUCCAAACCUGGGCCUUAGCCCUCAAAUGCAGCGGUGUGCGGGCGGCGGAAGUGGAUGUUACCAUUAGCGUGGAGGUCAUACUGAAUCGUGCUCUCAACAAUGUCACCCAUUUGGUGUUUCGACGCAAGAAGAUUUGUCUGCUCAGCGAGAGUGGCGAGGUUGAGCAGCCGGGCGAUGAUCUGGAUGAUCCGUUGUUGCUGGAAACGGUCCUGCCACCGCCCACUGGACUCAUUACCCUAGUGGUGGGCGUGUCCUUCGCUUUGGCCACGGUUAGCAUUCUGCUAUUGGUCGGUUAUUGCGUGCGUGGUGCUGCGGCGAAGCGACAGCUUCAUCAACACGGCGGUCAGCCGAUGCGCACCUCGAGCUUCCAGCGCCUGAAUACCCACCCACCCUGCCAGUCUUCCAUGGGUUCGGCAGCGUACAUGACUCCCUCGAUUAUAGCGCCGGUGCAUGCCUCGUCUCUGCCCCGAAAGGUGCCAGUGGAGCAGCAGCAACAGCCGGAGGAGCUUCAACGUCGCAUCUCUGAACUGACCGUAGAGCGUUGUCGGGUGCGUUUGUCCAGUCUGCUGCAGGAAGGCACCUUUGGACGUGUCUACCGUGGCACCUACAAUGAUAACCAGGAUGUGCUGGUCAAGACGGUGGCCCAACAUGCCAGCCAAAUGCAAGUCCUAUUGCUGCUGCAGGAAGGCAUGUUGUUGUACGGCGCGUCUCACCCGGGCAUUCUCUCUGUGCUGGGCGUCUCCAUUGAGGAUCACACCACACCUUUUGUACUAUACCCAGCGGUGAAUAAUACUCGCAAUCUGAAACUAUUCCUCUUGGAUCCGGCCUGUGCCCGCACCAUAACCACCAUACAAAUUGUGAUGAUGGCCUCACAGCUAUCCAUGGCACUCGGUCAUUUGCAUAGUCAUGGAGUGGUUCACAAGGAUAUUGCAACUAGAAAUUGCAUCAUCGACAAUCAGUUGCGCGUCAAACUCUCUGAUAGCUCGCUCUCGCGCGAUCUAUUCCCCGCCGACUACAAUUGUUUGGGCGAUAGCGAGAAUAGACCCAUCAAAUGGAUGUCUCUGGAGGCCUUGCAGCACAAGCUGUUCUCCGAGGCCAGUGACUCGUGGGCCUUUGGUGUACUCAUGUGGGAGCUCUGCACCUCGGCUAAGCAGCCCUAUGCUGAGGUGGAUCCCUUCGAAAUGGAGCAUUACCUCAAGGAUGGGUAUCGUCUGGCACAGCCUUUCAAUUGUCCCGAUGAGCUCUUUACCAUAAUGGCCUAUUGCUGGGCCCUCUUACCCGGGGAGCGUCCCACCUUUGCGCAGCUACAGGCCUGCCUCUCGGACUUUUAUUCCCAAAUCACGCGCUAUGUCUAGACUCUAGACCCUAGAGGAUAUAAUCAGCGCUCACUUGAAAAGUGCGCGCAUAGUCCACUUUACUCAUCUACACGUUUCUCGAAUUCCCAUUACCCUAGAUAGUUCAAGUUAUGUCCACCUCCCCCCUGUAGCCUAUGUACUCUUCGUUAUAUGUAUAUUGCAUUUGCCAAAUCUAAUUUGUAGGUUCUUUGGUAAUACCGGGGCGCGUCUUCGUGUAAAUAGUACAUUUAAUUUUAUCCUAAGUUCUCUUUAAUUUCUCCAACGAAAGACUCAUAUUUGUAUGCGUAUGAAUAUAGAAAUAUACACCUAACGAUUUAUAUAUAUAAAUUGCACGGAUUUUGUACAAUUUGGAAAUAGUUUUACACCAGAGUGUCGGCCACAAUCGGACAACUCUAUAACGGUAUGAGCCGUACUCUAAAUUUCAGCCAAUUACGUAACGCAAUUUAAGAGCAGAACGAAAUCUUCAAGCGAAAUCAAAUAUAGUGAUAUUUAUCUUAACAGUUAGUUAUACACAGUAAAGAGUUUUUACAAAAUAUACAUAUGUUACAUACACAAGCAAAGGAUAAUAAAUAUAUUUCAAAAAUAGCACACAUGCAAUACAAAAUGAUUAACAAUUUGUGGACACUCA